UUAUUUGUCUGAAAAUUGUGAAUGACGUAAUCCGUCAACGACACCACGUGUUCGUCGCCGUGAGUGUUUUAUUUUUUUGAUAUUUUUAUGAUUUAAAUUUACAAAACAAAAAUGAUUGAAAUAUUGGAAGACAUAUUGCUAAGAUUGCUUGUUCCCGAUAACGCAGUUAUACAGAGAGCAACGGAAGAGCUUAAAACACACUUUCGAGAUAAUUCUAUCAUUCCUUCCCUUUGCACCAUACUAGUGUCUUCUACGAAUGUUCAGGUCCGACAAUAUUCAGCAAUUUUAUUAAGAAGAAAGCUUAGCAAAAGGAAACAGUGGGAGCAACUGGAUCAGCAGUUAAAGAAUAGUUUGAAGGUCAGCUUAUUGGAAUUUGUAACCAAGGAAAACGAGAAAGCCGUAAUUAACUGUGUUGUGCAGUUAAUAGCUUCGAUUGCCAAGCACGAAUUAGAAAAUCGAAAUUGGCAAGAGUUAUUCCAGUUUUUGAACCGGUAUGUGCACGGUGGCAAUCACGCAGAGAAGCAUCUUGGCUUGUAUGUUUUAAAUGCCGUCACAUCCACUUCUGCUCAUCACUUGAAACCUUUCUUCAAGUCAUUUCUUUCUCUGUUCGGUAACACGCUAAUAGUCCGCGACGACAAGUGGAUACCCCUAUAUUCAAUUAAGAUAAUGACUAACAUGAUAGCGCACGUCGGAACGGAUGAGAUGAACAAGUUCCAAACUUUAAUGCCACUUGUCAUAAACGUGAUUAAAGAUUUGUCCAUCACAGACGAAGAUCUGGCUUGUGAGGCUAUGGAAAUUUUUGAUGAAUUGAUUGAGAGUGAAAUUGCCAUUCUAGCCCCGCACGUUCUGACCUUAAACAACGUGUGCAUAUCUCUAGCUUCGGAUAAGAAUCUGGGUGAUAGCUUAAGAGUUAAAUCGCUAGCUAUUAUGAGAUGGUUAAUAAAGAUGAAGAAAAAAGUCAUUCUGAAGAAGAAGUUAACUGAAAAUAUAUUAAACAUUCUUUUUGUGAUAAUGUGCGAACCUCAAGAUCUGUCGGAUGACGAAGAAAAUGAUGAUUGUAGUAGUCAGUUGCCGUCCACUUUUGCAGCACAAGUGAUAGAUACGAUGGCAUUACAUUUUCCACCCGAAAGAGUAGUUUUGCCAUUAUUAAAGCUUGUUGAACCGGCUUUAUCAAGUGACGAUGUGUUUACAAGGAAGGCUGCAUACAUAGCAAUUGCAGUAAUGGUAGAAGGUUGCUCGGAGUAUAUUAAAGAUGAAUAUUUGGAUUCGUUUUUAAAGAUAGUAUGCCGUGGUAUUAUAGAUGAAUGCAUACUUGUAAGAAAUUCUGCUUUAUUUACAUUCGGACAGUUUGCAGAAUUUCUUCAACCAGAUAUCAAUAAAUAUAUUGCUGACCUGUUGCCUUUGCUGCUUCAAUUUCUCUUUGAUACUUGUAAAACAUUACAAGAAGGAAAAGUUAAUUUACCAAAUUUAACAAGGUCGUUUUAUGCACUAGAAACAUUUUGUGAAAAUUUAGAUGAUGAUUUGAUACCAUAUCUUCCUACACUUAUGGAGAGACUUAUGGAAUUUUUGACAUCUGUGCAUUUGGCCAGCAUUCAUGAGUUAGUUAUCAGUGCAAUAGGUGCAGUUGCUAGUGCUGUGAAAGGUGCUAUGGGUCCUUACUUUCCGACAGUUGUUGAACAUUUAAAAGCCUUAAUAAGUGGCUAUCAAAGUGGUUCGGUUUCCUCUUUGCAAGUUCAGACUAUUGAUACUUUAGGCAUAUUAAUUAGAACUGUUGAACCGAGUGAUAUUGCCAUGUCACACGAAUGCAUUAAACUUGGUUUAGAAAUGAUUGAUAAAAUACAUGAUCCAGAUUUAAGGAGAAGUGUUUAUGGUUUAUUUGCUUCGGUAUCUUGUGUUUUGAAGUCUGAUAUGGCUCCCUAUUUGCCCUCAAUACUCGAACAUAUGAUCGAUUCUUUAUUAUCAACAGAAGGCAUUGUUCCUUGUUAUACAAAUGAAGCAAAUGGCAGCUUUAUGCUCUUUGAUGAUUUAGAUAAUGAUAACGAAGAGGAUAUCGGUUCAGAAGAUGAGGAGGAGGAUGUUGAUAUUGCCGAAUAUAACAUCGAAAAUGCAUAUCUUGAAGAAAAGGAAGACACUUGUUCAUCAUUGGGAGAAAUUGCCGAAAAUGUUGGUGUUGUAUUUUUACCAUAUUUUGAGAAGUGCUUUGAAGAAUUAAAAAAAUUAAUCGACCAUCCUAAUGCAGAAAUAAGAAAAUCUGCCGAACUUGCUGUUGGGAAAAUUUGUCUGUCAUUACUCGCUGUGGCCAAAGAGAGUGGAAAUGAAGAACAUCAUUUAAUCGCAAACAAACUAUCACAAGUGGUCGUGGCAAUGUUGAUCACACUCGUAACAGAAGAAAGAGAGCGAAUGGUUGUUUUGUCAGCAUUGGAGACAUUAAAUGACAUUUUAAAAGAAUGUGGAAAAACAGUACUUGGAAAUAAUUGUGUGACAAUAUUUACUAUUAUAAAAGAUGCUUUUAAGCAGAAGUUACCUUGUCAGGGUGAUGACGAUGACGGUGAGGAAGAUGAUGAUGAUGUUGCAGAAUAUGAUAAUGUGUUAAUUGAAUUAGCAGGCGACUUAAUUCCGACAAUGGCUAGUUUAAUACCCUCGCAAGAAUUUAUGCCAUACUUAUCGGUAUUUUUACCACUUCUGUUUAUGAAAGCUAAAAAGUCACAUUUGAUAGCUGAUAAAUCUUUCGCUAUAGGAAUAAUUGCAGAAACAAUAAAAAACUUAGAAAAGGGGAGUAUUGUACCAUUUGCAUUGCAAAUUUUGCCAACAUUUUUAGAAAGUAUUAAAGAUAAAUCUGAAGAAGUGAGAAGUAAUGCUGCCUUUGGAAUUGGCGUACUUGCAGAGAAUGCUGGCGAAAGUCUCUUCAGACAAUAUCCUGUAAUACUUCAAGGGCUCUCAACAAUGAUGUCGAAGGAAACAGAUGCACGUGCGAAAGAUAAUAUCUGUGGUGCCAUUGCUCGACUGAUUAUGACGAACAGAGAAGGGGUCCCCUUAAAACAAGUUUUGCCAGUUUUUUUGCAAUGUUUACCUUUAACUACAGACUUUGAAGAGAAUAGUACAAUUUUUAACUGUAUAAAUGAACUUUUUGUUGUACACUGUGAAGAAAUAUUUCAAAAUUUGCCACAGGUUUUAAAGAUAAUCGGGAUGGUUCUGCCUACUCCACAUAUAACAAACGAGACUAGUCUGCAGUUGCGGCAUUUGGUUAACUGCGUGCAGAGGGAAUAUCCAAAUGAUUUUAAUUCCGUUUUGCAAAACAUGCCUAAAGAAUGUUCCGAAGUAUUAAAACAGGUCAUUCUUAGCAUACAAUAAAUCUGAAAAAAAGGAAAAAUAUUUAUUAAAAUUUUGUUAUAAAAUUCUUUAACAUUAAUAAUUUAUACUGUAGCAAUACAAAUUUUCAACUUUUAUUUAAAUGAGUUUGUUAAUGUAUUUUAUAAAAAUCUUUCAUUGUAGAAGUUUAUAUCCAAAUUGUUCAAGAGUAAGAUUGCUAAUUAUUGUGCAAAAAUGUUCAGAAAUUUGUAUUUUACACAAACUUCCUUUUGAUUAAAU